UGACCUCCUUGACCGGGUGGGAAAAGCGGCGCUGGCCUGCGUCGAAACCGGUAAGUCAGUGGCCGUCUGCUGUCUUAGCGAGGAAAUGGCCCGGAGGUGUUACUCCACUGCCGUGGAAAUAUGUCAGGCGAGAGGAGUGAAUCCCGGCAUUAUGUCCCUGGCGAGUACCGGUGGGCCCGGUUCGGAAGAAGGCGGUGUUCCGUCGGCGUCGGAGCAGAAUCCGGUUGGCGCGGUGUUUACCACGCUGACCCCGAACGGCGUAACCAUGGCCGAAAACUGCGGAGGCUUAAUCCUGGUUGGCUUCCCGGAUACGCCGGGGGAAGCGUUGCGGGUAUUGGAAAGCGUUGGACGCCAGGCUGAACCUGAGGCAUUUGCAAUCUUCUAUUCGCUGGGUGAUUCGGAGACCCGGUUUUUUGCCCAUAAUCUGACGGGACUGCUGGCCAAGGGGCCUGACCUGAUAGGCGUUGACGCGGACAUUUCUGAGGUUGUGCAGUUGCAUGUCCCCCACCUGAUUUCUGAGUCAGAAGGGCGGGUCUACUCAUUCUCCAGGGAAGUGCUUGGGAACGCCCUGUUUCAGACGUUGCGACGGGAGGGGUCUGAACUGGCGUUUACGGAGGAGUUUGAUCCUGACGAAAUUGAGCUUCGACCCGGCACGGAUAAGUGUUGGAGCCUCUGGAACGAUGGUGAACAGAUUGGCUUCCUUCCUUCGUAUCAAGGGUUUAGGGAGGCUUAUCCCGGCGCCAUACUGGCCUUUCGGGACGUCAAGUAUCGAGUAUCUGAAUCGCUAAGUGGCCAUGAAGACGGCGCCUCGCCCAAAGUGGUCCUGGAAUCCUUGGACGAGUUGGUCGGCCUUAGCACGCAACCGGAAUUCGCCACCAGCCUCGCGAUUCGGGAUGAUUCCCUGGGUCUGCCCCUGGCCACCGGACCGUCGCUGCACCUCGGGAACGUAACGCUGGAAGAACGUCUGGUUCAAAUCUCGCUGGUUGACGAGUCGGCUGAACCUUCACUGGACGAGCAAGUGCCGGAGGAAAGGCGUAUCAGAGGCCGGCUUAUUGGAACUCACACUCCGGAAAAUGACGUUUCUUGGCACUCCGAUGCCCAGGCAUUCUGGAUAGACGUAGGGUCAUUGCUGACUGGGGAAAGCGGGCCUCCGGCAGAUAACGAGAGCGUUGUUGUCGAUUCGAUAGUACCGGCACUGGAGCAGAUGCUCCGGGUGGGGGUAAGGUUCAGCUUCCCGGUGGGCCCCUACGACCUGAUCACUUACUCCGAGGGCUCCAGGAUUUUCCUGUUGGAGGCCGGGCCGGGCGCUUUGGGUGUAGUCAAAAAGGCUUUCGACCGCUGGAGGGACAUCCUGGAGUUAGGGGCUAGUCUGGCCCGGCAAUGCGAGUGCGAGAAGGGCUGCCCAUACUGCAUAGUGCCUCCGUUCUCUUACAACAAGAGCGUCGACAAGGUAGCAGCACUGGAACUGGCAGACCGACUGCUCGAGGCUACCCGGGAAACAUGAUCUGCGGCUUCGGGAGUGAAAUCUGCAUUCUGGGGAGCAAAACAUGGCAACCCCAUCAAUCAACAUUAACGCAACCCGCCUCAACCGCACCUUGGCCGAGCUGGGGCGCAUGGGGGAGACGUCAGGCCAUGGGUCGGAAGGGAAAAUAUGCGCAGAGAAUACUGAGCGGGAAUAUGCCAUCAGCCUGAUGCGCCAGGCCGGUCUGGAAACCCGAAUCGAUCCGGCCGGGAACAUCAUCGGCCGCAAGCCGGGAUCAAACCCCAAUCUGCCGGCCAUUGCCCUGGGCUCUCACACCGACACGGUGCCCAACGGGGGCAAGUACGACGGCGCCCUGGGCGUCCUCGGAGCCAUAGAGGUUGCCCAGACGCUGGCUGAAAACUCUCGCACCCUGCGGCACCCCUUGGAAGUGAUAGUCUUCACCAACGAGGAAGGGACUCGGUUCCACCGCUGGCUCCUGGGCAGCAGGGCCAUGGCCGGCCUGCUGGAACCGGAGGACUACACUGCUGUUGACGACGAAGGUGUUUCUCUGGAGCGGCGGCUUGUCGACAUCGGAGGAGACCUGUCCCGAAUCGACCGGGCCCGGCGCCAUCGUGGCGAACUGGCCGCCUAUUUCGAGCUGCACAUCGAACAGGGCCCCACGUUGCACCAGACCGGUACUCCCUUGGGUGCCGUUACUGGCAUUACAGGGCGGUAUGUUUUCAGGGUCGAGGUGCAGGGCAAGGCUAACCAUGCCGGCACCACGCCCAUGGCAAGUCGCCACGACGCCCUGGCCGCCGCGUCCCACAUUGUGCUGGCAACUCAGCGGCUCGCCUCGGAGGCGGAAAUUUGCCGGGUGGCCACGGUGGGCAAUAUCAAGGCAAUCCCCAACGCGGUUAACGUCGUGCCCGGGGAGAUGUAAGUAUGGGUGUGGAAUUCCGGGACGUGGAUGUU